AUCACAUCUCGCGCUGUAGGCCUCUCUCUUUAGCUAAAUUCUGACAUAUUUGUGAUGUUUAUGUGGUAAAAUUUCUAUUUAUUUGCUCUCCGUUAAGUUUUUAUUACUGGUAUUUUUAAGUAAAUGUCGAACACAACUUGGAAAUUAACCAAUGUUUAGGAAUGUUUACGAGCAUUUCCAUGUGAAUUUCUACAGAGUUUUUACAUGAACUGCUGGGAAGCAGAAUCAGCUGGAUCAGAUCUUUAACGUAUUUUCAACACCCGAGUGAAAAUUUGCUCCUGCCGAGACUCAGCGAAUCAUCAGAUACGGAGAAUGAAUGAAAGCGGUGGCGUUUGUAACGCUUCUAAUGAGGCUGAGAUGGAUGAUGAAGAGGCGAUGCUUUCGGACCAGGAAUCUGUCAGUUUGCUGCAGGAUCUUCCUCCUUUCCAAAGCAGAUCAUCUGCUGUUUCAGGUUCUCAUGAGAUUAAAAACAAACCGGAGAUGAAUCAGCAGAAAAGAGGGAAACCGGAGUCCUGCAGAAGUGAAAAGUCUGCGUCUUCAUCACGGUCAGCAAAAGUUCCAACUAAAAAGAAGCUUCACAAGAGAAACGAGAAGGGAGAGAAUCUUCUUCACAAAGCAUGCCGGAGAAAAGAUCUGCCUCAAGUCCUGAUGCUCCUUAAGGCCGGAAUCAGCGUCAACAUGGAGGACUAUGCAGGAUGGACCCCUCUGCAUGAGGCCUGCGCUUCUGGAGACGAGUCUGUGGUGGAGGAGCUGCUGAGGGCCGGAGCUAAUGUUAACGCUCAGAGCUGUGACGGCGUCACGCCGCUGCAUGACGCUGUUAACUGUGGACACCACCAGAUUGUGAAGCUCCUCCUUGACAACGGAUCGAUCCCUGCCUACCAGAAAGUUAGUGGAAAAAGUUUGCUGGACAUGGCCGAGGACAGGAGUAUGAAAGAGCUGCUCAUAAGUUUCCACACAUCCUGUGAGGGCCAGAGGAAGUCCGGCAAGGGGGCAACACGAUGCGAAGAACCAGUUGUGAGUGUUUCAGACGCUCAUCCAAGAGAGUCGGGUGAUGCAGGCGGAGAAUCUACUGAUGUUCAGCUGAAACGGGUAAAUAAUUUCAGAUCAGUUCAGAGCAGUUCAGAGGCGGUUUCAGCGCUUCUGGAGGAUGCUAAGAGGAAACAAGCAGAAAUGUCAACUUGGCCUCUGAAAGAUCUCAAGGAUGUUGGGAGAUACAAAAAAGUUUUGUUGCAGACCCAAAACGUUCUGAUGGACGUUCUCACCAAGCAGCGUUUGGAGAAGAGCGAUCUGACCCACAAAUUCAGGGUUGUGUCUCACCAUCUUUGCCAUCGAGUCCUGAAAAGUCAGUUCUUGUCUCUGGCUUCAAAUCAGAGACAUUUGGUGCAACUCCUCCAGAAACAAAUGCAACUGGAAGCAACUUUCACUACAGCAAAGUCUAAAAUUUCAGCUCAGUCCUUGAAUCAUCAAGCCAGCAUUGCUGCUCCCAGUCUCCCUGAGCUGCAGAGUGAGGAAGCCGUUAGCUGGAGAAACUGUCCACAAACCAGAGCCGCUUUGCAAUUUUUCUCCAAGAUGAAAGGAAAGAAUGCGCUGAUACAAAGAGGGGCUAACGAUGAUGGUGGAGGUCUGCGUCAGCUCGUACAGAGCGGCGUGUUGCCCAAGGGCAGCGAUUUACAUCUGACAUUAAAGGGUGAGCAGCAUGUUGCGCAGGUUCUCUCUGGUGGCGUAAUAAUGAGCAAAGGGAAGUCGUAUCGGGCUCCAGAGUUCUGGCUGGAGUCCAUUCUGGGUAAUAACAUCCCUGUCAGCUCCAUUUACGCUCUGAACAAGGUGACUUUCAGAGAAAAACCCUUGUCUUACUACGUGCUAAACUCAGAGGCCAAACAAAAUCUGUCCAACAUCCGUCUUCAGGACAACAAAGAUGAUUCUACUGAACCGGAGCCGAGUCCAGAAUCAGUGGACCCAUAUGAGCUCUUACGAAGAAUUCGUGUCAUCCAUUUGGUGACCCCUGAGGAGAUGAUUCCAAACGCUCUGAUGGAUUUGUACUGGGAAAAGCUCAUGAAGCAAGACCAAGUAGAGUUUGACAACUGGGAGCUGGAACUCUAACUUUGUCUUUAUAUUUAUGCGUUUUUUAUGAGCUUGAUGUGGUAAGUUAUUUUUUAUGAACCUGUUAGGGUUCUGUUUUAUUUUACACUGGUAGUGAUCGUGUCUUCAGUACAUAGUAGAGUUUUUUCCUGCUAACUAAAGUCAACUUCAAUUACUUUGUCAUAUCUUGGGGGAAAUAGCCAAAAAUGACAAGCUAUCAAAUAAAAUGUUUGUAUAAUUUGUAUGUUUUGGAAAGCUUAUUUACGUUUGCUGAUUUUUGUUAAUCUUUUUUUAUAUUUUUAUGACGUACAUACUUUGUGAGCUUUUAAACUGCUGUCAUAUUUUCAUUAAAUGGAUGCUUUUAUUUAUUCUCCAUAUGUAAUUUAUUUGUUUCUCUUUUCCUCUUGUA